AUGCCGCAGAAAAAGCCGCUGAGAAACCCGUUCUACUUCUUCAUGUUGGAGAAGAUCCCGGAGCUGAGGCGGCAGGGAAUCCAGGUGAAGGGGCUGAAGGACGCGGCCCCGCUCUGCAGCUCGGCCUGGACGUCAUUGACAGCGCUGGAAAAAGAGAGGUUUGCACAGAUGGCCCAUCAAUGGAAAGCUGAGAAAAGCAACAAGACAUUGAGCGAACCUACAAGAAAACAGUUACAGAACCCCAUAUUCUCUAUAACAGCAAAAGGAAUGAACAAUCCACUUAUGUCCUGGUCUAGUGAUGAAGGCGUUUGUGAUGAGGUUUUCCAUUUUGUCAGUUUUUUGAGCCUGGCAGAUCUUCCCCCAAGCUGUGAACAACGCUUCCUUCCGUGUGAAAUGGCUUGUGUUAAAUAUUCAUUGAAGAAUGGCAUCAUUGAUGAAUUUCAUUGCUUCAUAGAUCCAGGCAUGAUCCCGUGUGGUUUUCGGUACCAUUGCCAAGUAUCAAGUGAUGCCACUCACAAAAUUCCACUUUCAAACUUUGAACUUGCUAGUUCCAAUUACCGUGACAUCUUUCAACGCUUCUUUACUUUUCUGAGGCCAGUACAAAGCAGUGGUUUCCUUCCAGUUUACUGUAAGUUGGCUGAGUGUUUCAGAGCGAAUUGGUGUCUGAACUGGUUAGCCAGCAAAGCAGGUAGUAGCACUCCAGUGAAUGUUUUUGAGCUAGAAGAGCUGAUAGAGAAACUUUACGAGCACAAACUAAAAGAAAAACCUUCCAAAGCCAGUAUGGAGAGAAUGCUGGAUGUUAUGGUUUAUGAUUAUGCCACUAAUACUAGGUGUAAAUGGCAUGAUGAGCAUGAUGUAGUGUACUGUGCCUUAGCAACAACCAAGAAAUAUGCGUAUUGCAUCAGUGAUUCUUUGGCUUCCAUCUAUAAAUUUCAGAUUACAUCAGCACACAUCCCAAAAAAGGACUUGACUUACGGCACUAAGUUGAACCCUAAGGUGUUAGUACUGGACCAUUACUACCAGCUGUCAAAACCUACUGAGAAUAAUCUGACUAGACGAUAUUUUCAUUCAACCAUUGAAGCUACAACUUCUAGCGUCUCCAGUGAUAAAAGUUGUGUUUCAGCACCCAAUUUGAGGGAUUAUCCCAUUGCAGCACAGUUUGGGAGAGGAAGAGGUGCUCUGGCUGCAUGGCUGAAUUUUCCAUCCCGCUCAUCUCCAGGCUUUAAGCAGUAA